CGUUUUGACACGCUGCUUUUCUCGCGGCACGCGGACAAUCUUGGGCCGCAGAUGGCCGUGACGCAGUGCUCGCCUGCGGCACUGCCCGAGCGGGCAGGGCGGCAGAGCAAAAAAAAGCGGGGCCCGGCGCCGUGCGCGAGCAUCUUACGCCGGAACUUGACCGCACUGUGAUGAUGCUUGCUAGCGGUCCCGCCCGUGCCCGGAUUAGAACAAGGAAGAAGAUGAGGAUGGGGAUGGGACGCGAAGGGCGAGGAGGGAGGGAGGGAGACUGAACAACAUGACGCCUCGAGCUUGCCAACCCGCGGCUUCCGCAUAAAAAAACCUUGGUUCGCCAUACAUCUGGCGUUUGGGCGAACCAAGUACAAUCACGAAGAACACGAGCAAACGAAGAGGGCGUCAGAUGGCGACGUACUCGGCCGUGCUCCCCGCGCGCGCGCGCCUGGGCAGCGUGCUCCCCGCGCGCGCGCGCCUGGGCAGCUCGCUCACCGCGCGCGUGCGCCCGGGCAGCUCGUCGACGCCCAGGUGGGGGGGGGGGCUCCCGUCCUCGUCCUCGCUGCCAUCGAGCUCCGCGCGCACCACCUGCAGCGGGGAGGGCAGCCCGUCGAUCUGGGACGCUAACCUUCGCAUGCGGCCCGGCACGGGGGAGGGCCGCUCCGCGUCCUCCGCCUGCGCCGCGGCCACCUGCUGCACCGCGUUCCCGUAGGCGUAAAUUCACACCUGCCGACAUGACCAGGAAACCGAGGACCUGCACCCAAGAGCCCAGGCCCUGCCAAGGCUCGCCGACGCGGCCGUAUCCGAGACCGCCCUCGCCCAGUCCAUAGAAGAGGGCCAUGUCGAUAAGCCAUAUGAAAAGCGCCUGGAGGUUCCUGGAAACCGAUCUGAAGACCGCACCGAGGCGUUUCAUCACCAUCAUGCCCAAGGCGUUGAGGCCCCAGAAACCCAACAAAUACAAGACUAAGACAAAAUCCAGCGUGCCGUUCCGGCCCACCAUCAUGAGAGAGUCGCCGGUGUUCUCGUAGACCCCACCGACGUCGCUCCCGGGGAGAUUGGAAAAGAGCGGCAUCAUCACGCACGCCGUCACCAGCCAGCCGUACACGCCUUCCGUGCCGACCACCUCGAGGGGGUGCAGGCUGCUGUCGCUCAUGACCUUCUCCUCCAGGACGAACUGGAUGCUGCCCACAGCCCUGGCCGCCACGCACAGGAACAUGCCGAAGAACUGCUGGGGCAGCGGCGCCUCGCCGAGAGCUCUGCGCCCGCCCCCCGCCUCGUGGGCCGAGAUGCUGGCCGCCCAGCCGACGAUCAGCAGGGAGCCCAGCACCAGGGCCAUGCCCGCGUACUGGAUCCGGUUGUAGCGCCGCCCCAGGAUGACGUAGCUGUUGUAGGCGACCAUGACGAUGAUGGAAGAGCCGAGCAUCUGGGCGGUGCUGUUGCUCACAUACACGAGCCCCGUGAAGUUGAGGAUGCUGCUGACCAGAUCGCCCAUGGCGGGCAGAAAGAUCAUGGCCCGGACCUUCCAGCCCCUGCCCUGCGGCUCCCUGCCCAGCAGGGGCACACCGGCGGCGUCGGGCUGGACCUUGCUGCUCCUGCUGGUGCACUCCAUGGCCCAGUAGACAGGGAAGGAGAGGACCAUGCCGCUGAACAUGAGCAGCUCCAGAAACCAGGGCUUCUUGAAGAAGUGUGGGGGGUAUCUGGGAUCGCCGGUGUCCUCAAUCUGGUAAGACAGCUUGCUGGCUACUCCUCCGAGCGUAAUCACCGCCAGGAACAACAACAGCAAUGUUACCCUGUCGUCCAUGGGACGAGGGAUCGCCGAGGCGGUGAAACCAGGCCGGGCUGAUGAGAGACAACUUGGCUAAACUGGAUACCGAGCAUCCGUAGCUUGGGCCAACAUUGGUCU